CCAUAGAGAGAGGCGGCUAGAGAGGGGCCUGCCCGCACCGGGGCGGUCUGGGCCGGAGGCGGGUGGCGGCGCGGGAGACGGGGGCGGCGUUGCCAUGGCGACGGGGAGGCUGCUGCUGCUGCUGCUGCGCGCGGGGCCGCGGCUGCUGCGGGAGCGCCGGGGCCGGGUGUCACAUUGCUUGAUCAGAAGAACGUUUUUUGGGUAUCCCCUAACUAAAGCAGGUUCUGGUCUGAUCCAGCAGACUAAAGAUGUUUGUUUGAGGUUCUGCAGACCACGAAGUUCUACAACAGCUGCUGACACAUCUGGAGAGGACAUUGUACUCAAAUGGGGCCUUUUUCUGGUCCCUCUGACCACAUUCUGUCUCGGCACAUGGCAGGUCCAGCGACGAAAGUGGAAAUUAGAUUUGAUUGCACAACUGGCAUCAAGAAUUACAUCAGAGCCCAUCCCUCUGACAUUAGACCCCAUGGAAUUGAAGGAAUUGGAGUACAGACCUGUAAAGGUCCGAGGGCAUUUUGAUCACUCCAAGGAGCUCUAUAUUUUGCCACGGUCACUUGUGGACCCUGAGCGAGAAGCCAGAGAAGCCGGGCGACUGACAUCCCACCCGGAAAAUGGAGCAAACGUCAUUACUCCUUUCUACUGCACAGAACUAGGGGUCACAAUUUUAGUCAACCGAGGAUUUGUGCCCAAAAAGAAAAUGAAACCGGAGACCAGGCUGAAGGGACAGAUUGAAGGUGAAAUUGAUCUCACUGGGGUGGUGAGGUUAUCAGAAACCCGGAAACCUUUUGUGCCUGAAAAUAACAUUGAGAAAAACCGCUGGCAUUACCGUGACCUGGAGGCUAUGGCAAAGGUGACCGGCGCUGAGCCCAUCUUUAUCGAUGCAGAUUUCAGAAGCACAGUCCCAGGGGGGCCCAUCGGAGGCCAGACAAGAGUGAGCCUCAGAAACGAGCACAUGCAGUACAUCAUCACCUGGUAUGGCUUAUGCGCUGCAACUUCAUUCUUGUGGUACAGAAAAUUUAUACAAAAGAUACCUCUGUGAAAGGAAGGGCUAGUUUCUUCUCUUCUGUACUACAGACUGCUGUCUUUUUUAUAGAAGUCUGCUCUUGACUGAUCAGUCCUGAAUAACUGAAGCACCCAGAGUUUCACGGCAACAUGUUCAGUAAAUAUAUGCAGCUAUGAAGCUGCAAAUGGACUUCAAGCAACUGAUGCAGACUCUGAGCUCCUAGCAGUGUGAUUCUGGCUGCAGCUUGGAAGCACUGAACUUCAAAAUUCUUAAGUGGCUGUUGAGACUAUUGCAUGUAAAUCAGCUUCAACUAGAAAUCUCAAGGAUACACUUUUCUAGUGUGGUCGAUUCCAAGUUUUUAACUUCUCCACUGCUGUAUUUUCCAAAAGAUGGCAAGGGAUUUUGUGAAUCACAGUUUCUUUGUACGGAACAGUCAUUCCUGAAGUCAGGAGCAGUUCACAGCAGUUGCAUCGGAAUAAAUAAAGGGCUGUGUGACUCA